GAAGCCGUGGAUAGACGGAGGGUGUGACUCCGCCUAUUGAUCAAAGACCAUCCUCCUCCCUUUUGUCUUUCCUUCAGCUUGUGAACUUCUCCAAAAAACCUCGUGGACUCCGGGCGAGCCGCGCCAAACCUUUUUUGGGCAGGCCCUCGUUUCGUUUUGUGGGAUUUCGGCGCAUCCGGGCUGAACGACUCCGCAAGCAAGAGGCAAACAAUUUCCACGUCUUCUCUCACAACUUGUGUUUCAUGGAGUCCUUGUGGAGAACAUUUAUCACAGCGGCGAGGUCUGGAGCCACAUCAGUGCAGCAUCCUUGCAAAGUUUCCACAUGAUGAGCAGCGAGUCGUUGCAGAACCUCACUGACCCGUCGCUUCGGAACAAGAUGCCAUUACUUGAGGGGACAGUUGCAUCCACAGGACUGUCAAAACCACAAAAUACGCCCGGCUUCCUGGGGAAGCAGACCCUGCAGUACAAUGGGGCCUAUUUUACCUAUGACCCCAGAGCAAAAGACGGAGCAGGGUUCAGUCCCCCAUGGAGUGUCUCAAAGACAUCUCUGCUGGACGGCAGAAGUCCUGUGAGUCACCUCUACAGCAUGGAGGGACAAAGCCACAUAAUUUACAGGAAAGACAGCAGCUCUUCAGAAGAAGGCCAUUCUUCCUCUUUGCGCCAUGCCCCUGUGCAACAGGGCUUCAUGUUAUACACUAAAAGUCCUGAGAUCAGCAGUCCUACAGCCACCACUUCAAAGCAAAAAACUGGAGGAGAGAAUUUACCCUCCCCCUCUGAAAACUCAGUUUACUUGGCAAUUCCUAAGCCAGUUUACGGACACAACCCCUGCUGUAAUGAACUGGGCUGUAUGAUAGGACGACGAUACAGUACGGAACACGGCUCUCCGAGGAUACCAAACGCUGUGUAUGAGCACGACUGGACGCAAACUGAUGCUCACUACACCGAGAGGCCACAGAGGAAAGCUCAAGACACAGUGCUGCAGCAGAGGGGCUUACAGCUCGAGUCCAGUGCAGAACCGCUGAAGAGGAUGACUGUGGAGGCUUACAGCCCAGGUAGAGCGAGGCCUGUGAUUGAGCCAAGCUUCAGUAGUUACCCCUGCACCCCCACUCGCUCACUGUUUGGUUCUUUAAGUGAGCAUAGCCAGCCUCCACAGACUUCCCCCAGAGGCUACCCUGGCCUAUACCCCUCCCAUCCAACAUAUGAGCAUAUGACCUCAGAGGUUUAUCAGGACCGUUCUCUCAUGUCCAAAUAUGGCCAACUAGCACAGCACCCAGUGUUUUACUACCCCCAGGCAAACGGUGAGGUAGAAAACAGGACACAGUGUAAAGAUAGUGGCAAUAAGCAGAGAGAAGAUGGCCCUGUUAUUCAUAAACACAUAAUCUCAAACCCUCGGGAGCAAUACAUAGUGCCUCAGCCACUUCAUGCUGAAAUUCCUUUGCUUAGCCCUGAGAUGUUGCCAAGUCAUCCCUUUAUGCAUGGUUUUGACUAUCCAUGUUAUGCAGUGCCAAGAUUACAUUUCAAAGCAAACCAGAUUGGGUCCCCCCUAAAAAGGCAACAUGCAUCACCUACUUUUCACCCCAGUCGCAUAAAUGUUUCCCCUUCCAGUCAACAUGUGGAUCACCCCAUGGCCUCUGCAGCCAGUCUACAUAAAGACAAACUCAACACUAGCCGGCAUGUUGACCAGUUAUAUGGUUCCUCUGCGUUCCUACAUGUGGGCCAAACCAGCCCAGUCAGACGUGUCAGCCAAACGUCCCCAUCCAGCAUACAAAUUGACAGAUUUUUCUCCCCCUUCACCAGCCUGCACAUAGACCCAACCCCAGUCCUUCCGCCAGCUGGCUUGAGCAUGGACAGAGUCCUGGACUAUUCUUCUCGUGAAGCUCAAAGGCCUUGCUCAAAACCACCAAAAAGUCUUCCUGUUUCCCCAGCAACAUGGCUCCCCCAGUCGCCCAAUCACAGCUCAGAUCGAGUCCGCACAGAUGGACCCAGCAGUGCAAAUGUCCGAAAAAUAAUUCAUUACCCUGCUGGUGCAACAGGAAGUAAACACAACGACUCUGUGUCCAGUUCAGAAACCAGUCCUCACAAACGGUGCCUGAAGAGGAGCAUUUCUCAUUCAUCCCAGCAUAUCAAAAUAAAAGAAGAGGACGAGGAUUUAUACAAAGUAGAACUCACCAAGAAACUGCAAAAAGUAGAAAAGGAAAAUAUCCAUGUAGGAAAUCAAAUGGACUCUCCUCCUAUGCCAGUUAUUGAUAGGGUUUUCAGUUUGGCACCUUACCAAACAUACCUGCAGGCCUCUGGAGUGUUAUUUCCAGGCAGGUUACCUCAGAGAGCCAUCGAAUCUGAGCAACAUGAAGUCAAACCCAAGAUAGACAUCAAAGAAAAGAGGCCAGAUCGAGAUCAACAGCAGUCUGUUGUCCGUCAAGGUUCCAAAGAAGUCUGUCCGGAGACCCCAAGAGAGAACACUGCUGUGGAAGACUUUGAAACCAAAAAGAUUAAAGUAGAAAAAGUAGAUCCGUCAGAUAUAAACCACUCUGUUCAGGCUCAUAUUGGUCAAAACGACUGCAGGAAAGUGACAAUCAAAAAAGAGCGCGAAGAGUGUGGUUUAAGUGACGCUGGACCCGCGUUGCUGAAACAGAAAUGCGAGCCUGAUGAACUUGAAAGGAAGCCCUCAUUAACGGAUAAAAAUGAGACUUCUGAAGAGUGUAAACCUGCUCAGCUGACUGCACAGAUGAACUCCUCUCCUCAGGGUGACACACACGUACUGCACAAACACACCAACGUCCUUCAACCCAAAUCUAGUUCUCCACUUCAGCCGUCGGAGAGCAAAAUAGGUUUCAAAAACAUUCCACCCCAUUGUCUUAAACUGUCCAAAUACAAAAUUAUCAUCCCUGAUGGCAAGCAUAGCAGCCCUGCUCCACCUCCAGAGAUGCCACCUGCACCGCCGCCGGCCGAAUUAAUUAAACUAAAGCUCCAAAUGCCGGUCCGCAAGCACUUCUUUGAACUGCACCAUUCUCUCUGCAAGCUGGUAUCCAAAUCUGUUUUGGCCUCUGUGGAGCAGGAGCUCAAAGACUGGUUGUCUCAGUUGGAAAUGACUGAACCUGCGCCUCCGUCCUCCAAAGGGCAAAAAGUGUCGUGCUUGUUGGGGGUAAAAGCCAGAGAGGUGUGGCUCAACGAGGAGAUGAAAUCUGCACUCCACAAGGUCCUCGAGAGGUUGAGAGAGUACACCAUGCAGGAACGCUGCCCUUUUCCGCACGUCAUGCGGACGGGAGCUGUGUUUCUCCCCAUGCUGGUGGUGAAGGAGCUUCUGUUUCCGAUGGUCCAGGGCAGCUUCAUCGAUCAGGUCCUGCAGGAGCACAAAGUGGAGCUGCGACCCACCACGCUCUCCGAGGAGAAGAUCCUCAUCCAGCUUCACAAACGAGCCUGCUCCUCCCGGCUCAGGAGGCUGAUGUCCCUCAAACACCUGCCUGACAUCUACACUGAUGCAGUCAACCUUUUGUAUUACACCUGCGUCUGCAAACAGCUGGGAUUAGAUGGGGAUCGAGAUUGCAGAGAACAAGAUGGAGGCUCUGAGGCGUCUAGCAGCAUGCAGGCUCCUGUAUUUCCAGACAUCGCUGCAUCGCCACCAUCGCCCUCAGAGUCACACCCACAGAGAUACAUGAAGAACCAGGAAACUCCACCACAGUGGAGCAGGAACAGGACAAAACACAGAGUAAAGAGCAGUUCGAGGCGCUUGUUUUUAGACAACAGUUUGUCAGAUGCAGAAGACGCAGGAGACAUAGAAAAGAUAGUGGUUGGAGGUGAUCCGGAUACAUUUAGAAAGGAAGACGGGGGUGCUCAUGAGCCCCAAAGCAUUGGGGAUAGUGGAACUGAUCAUAUGGUCGCACAGGAAGAUUCUUCACUCGUUCAAGAAAGCACAGAGAAUUCCUGGACGUGUCCUUUAACGCCGGACCAGCUGUGUCUGUCUCCCAGAGACACAGAGGAAUCCUCUGCUCCGUGGUCUGUAAGUCAGUCCUCAGGUCCAGCCACAGCUCAGGUCAGGUCCAAGAACCGCUCAGGCAUGAUCCUAAAACUGAGAAGGAUGCUCGGUGAAGGGAUAAAGAGAAAAAGGGCUCGAUACCAAGCAGUGUCCGAAUCCCAGGCUGAUGAUGUGGAGGGAGCGAGCAGCGAGAGGGACCUUCACAGGAGAACGCACAGGUGGAAGCGAACAGGCGGCUUCUCCCACCACGCAUUGAGGCCCCUUAGCAGCUCCUCUAAAAGAAAAGCCAGAUCCCUCCUGAAGAUCAAAUACUGUCCCUAUUUGUCGGCCUGCCACAGUGCCGAACACAGGAGGCGGUGGGUGCUGCGGUCGGCCGUCCAGACGGCUCGUAGGGCCAUGAGGUUCUACUACCCAGACCUGGUGGGGAAGAGAAUCCGCCAUCUGUACGAGGAAGACGACAAAUCAGAGGUGUGGUACAGAGGAGAGGUGCUGCGUGUCCACGAGGCUCAUAAAGACCCUCUUAAGACUAUAUUUGAGGUCAGGUACGACAGCGAGCCAGAGUGGAAGUACUAUCUAGAGCUGAUGAUGGACUACAAAAAAGGCUGGCUCAAAAUCGAAGACUAAUUUUAAAUGGUUCCAUUUCUUAUUCUCUCUUAACCUGCCAACAACAGGCUGAUAUCCGCCUGGCCUCCUCAAGAAUGAAGCUGGACUUGAUAUGUUUUGUAAUGAGGCCACUGAAAACAUUCCUUGUCACUUGAGAGCGCUGCGUUGCUUUCUUCAGGGAUGGGCUCUAUAUCCAGUGUGCAUGUCUAUAAGCUUUUGCCAUCCUUGAAGCCCAGUAGCGCUUUAACUUUAUUCACAAAUUACACCCUCGCUGUGCUUGAUUGAAUAAAAGACUAUAAAUUGAGUUGUUACUAUGAAUAUUUAUUUUUUUCCCACCUGUGUUGAGAAAUUAAUCAUUCUGAGUGCAGUGCAUGUUCUUUUUUUGCAGCAAUUGACAUGAAGUCGUUUUUGUAAGGCUUUCACUGUCAAAUGGUGCCAGACUCAUGUAUGUAGGUUUACAGUGAUGCAGUGCCAGUCAUGUGUGCCUUUUUCAGAGUGGAGUUUUGACCCUGAUGACUGCAGUUGUUUUGGUUUUUAUGUAUGUGUGUGUGUGUGUAACUGAGGCUGGCAUUAGUGUAGUCAUGUACCAAGCUGAGGUCUUUAAGUGACACAGACUAGGAUGCUCCCAUGUCGUAGUGUAUUUAAUCACUGUGAGCCUUAAGACUGAACCUCAAAUCAUACUAAGAUUUUGUAUAAUUUCUGACUUCUGCGGAUUGUGUUGAAUAUUUGUAAUACUCUUGUUUUGUCAUGUUACUAUAUAAAUACUCAAGCUAAACUUCA